GUACUCUGAAUGCCUGAUGAGCUCGGACAGUGGCCCGGCCAGUGACAGGUACGCCUUCCCUGGGAAACUCCCUGGUCAAGUGUUCCCCCUGGAGGACCAGUGCCGACAUUACAUCGGAGGUGUCCCUUGCUCAAAUGUACCUUUGGAGAAGCAGUGCGGACGACUGUGUUGUGAGAAGUGGUCUCAACCAUUCCCGAGCAAAGAGCCCGCCGCAGAUGGCACCUAUUGUGGGGGCGGAAGGGUCUGCUACAAUGGAGGCUGCAUCCCACAAACUCAGAUUCCAGUAUGACCAUUUCAGAUUUUUUCUUAUUUCAUUGUAAAAUCAAUUCCAGCUUCUUCAACAAAAACCAUCAAGAGCAAACAUGAUGAGAAAUUGGAUCUACACUACAUGUAUUUUGAUAUGGGCAACCCCAGGAUGAAACAACAGCAGCAUUACUGUGAGGAAAGCCUUCUAACAUCGACACGGACUGAACAAAACCAAACACUCGUUUGAAUAGCCAGUCUUUAAAAAGUAUUCAAGUACAUUGUAUUCAAGGAAACAUCAUGUUACUAGGAUACAACCCGAACAAAAUGGAACAACUCCACUGAGACUUGCUCUUUCUGUAAAAAUUGCUGCUGUCCAUUUCCAUUUAAUUUUAUAUUGGAACAUACGGCAUUCCACAGACAUCUCAUAGUGCGCCUGUACAUGUAUAUACUGUAAGUUUAUUCCCUCCACAACUGAAUGUACUUAUAACUUAUACCUAUGAAUAACGAUACUAAAAUCACAAGGAUUUCGAUGUUAAAUCAGCGGUGAUACCUUUAAUUGCCUUUCAGUGUUGAUAGGGGCCUUAAAGAUAAACCAACCCAAGACAAGCACUUCUUUAAUUUAGACCUCUCGUCAUAAAACAUCUACAAAUUAAAUGAAAUGUUACACAUCCCUUGAUGAACUUGAAGACAUGUGGUCGGACUCACGUGACUGUGUCACUUGUCCGUUACUUCUGCUUGUCUUCACUUUAUGAUUUAUCAUUAUGCUUCAUCUCCCCUAACCAACGAAAUGACUGCAAGUACUAGUAUUAUUGUAACAUUGUGGAUUGUGAUGAUGGGUUUCUCCGUAACCCGUGGCUGAGCAAUAAAUGUGAAAUAAGUUCAUGAGAUGAAUAUAGCCAAAUACACCCGAACCUGCUGUAACAGCCACCUGUAGAAGACACUCACUGUACAAACGGCCAUCAAUUACAUAUAAUUUAUGAAGAUACUGUGUAACACGCCCACCUAUAAAAGACAGCCACUUUUUUUCUUGAGAAAGAGAAGCUGUCUUAGACAGUUUCGGCUGUACAUGUAUUU